AUGAAGAAAUCAGCAGAGUUUUCUAAAGAUGAUGUUAUUACGGUUCCUCUCGAAGAUGAUUUGACGCCAGUAAAUGGAGUCCCAAAAGAACACCAAUCUGAAAGGCGUGUUAGAAUUUUCAUCCCAGCUAAACCUGCUACUCAAUCAGGCAUUCAUGGCACUCGACUUUGGCGUAUUGAGUUCGACAAUCGCGAACGCUGGGAAAAUCCACUAAUGGGUUGGGCGAGCAGUGGUGAUCCACUUUCAACUACAGUUGUUGAAUUUGAAACUUCUGAAGCGGCGAAAGAGUUUUGCAAACGUCAGGGAUGGCCAUGUUACGUAGAAAGUCCAAAUAUUUUAAAAAUGAAUGUCAAGUCCUAUGGAUCCAAUUUUUCAUGGAACAAACGAACACGGGUUGGAUCGAAAUAA